UCCAUCCCCAUUACAAACGCCAAUUGAUUGAUAGCUCAGAUAAUUGAUGAAAAUGCCCUUCUCAAGGACUAGGACGGGCUGCUUUACCUGUAGGGAAGACGGAUACAAGUGCGACGAGCAGAAACCAUUCUGCGGAAGAUGUACUCGACUGGGCAAGACGUGCAAAGGCUACGGAGUACGGCUCAAAUGGCAAACUCCCCAAAGCACUCCAAAGUCAAAGGCUUCUAAAAGUAAGCGACAGCAGAGAACUCGUUCCAAUGAUAAGACCGUGACGGCACCUCUCACGCCCAUUACACCUUCUACGCCUUCUACGCCUUCCAGUGAGUCUCGGAGUUCAUUUAUAAGCCUCGAUCCAUCUUGCAUUGUCCCGAACGAUGUGAGCCCGAUCAAUCGAUAUCUCCUUAAUCAUUGGUCGUCGACCUUAUCUACGAUGGUAUCCAUGGUCUCGGCCCCCAGGAAUCCCUUUCUUAUUCACCUCACCCCAAUGAUCUCACAUUCCACAGCCCUCCGCUCUGUCUUAUGCUCUAUCGCUGCCAGCCACUUGGCUAUAUUAAGGCAUGAGGAUUCGCUCCAAACAUUGGCCACUCGCUAUCGGCUAGUUGGCGUUUCGUCGCUACGGCAGACGAUUCAGACCGAUAACCCGGAACUAUCACUCGCUACUAUCCUAAUGCUACAGGUAUCCGAUCGACUCUUCACCAUGGAUUCGGGAGUCGACCACUUAUCCGGAGCAAAGGCAAUUAUCAACCAAGGCGGCAUCGUUAUGCGUAAUAGUUCUAGCGCUUCAUUUCUCCUUAGCUUAUGCUCCUAUCAUGAUAUUCUAGCCUCCGUCUCCCGGGGUACAAGUCCUGUUUUUGAAUUCGACGGAAGGUUUCCCAUGGAAGGAAUGGAGUCCAUGAACGAACUCACUUCCGUAUUGCAACUUGUGGGCCAGAUCAGUAGGAUGCGCGAUCAAGAGCACGAUGACAUCGACGCACGGGGUCGCGAGAUCGAGGAAAUCCUGAGUGCUCUUGAUGAAUCUGGUGACGCCUUAGGCGACGUUGGCCAUACCGUACAGGCAUAUAAACAUGCCGCAUUCAUAUAUCUGUACCGAGUUUGGCACAAUCAAGGUGCACCUCAUCCUCGUGCGUUGAGGCAUGCCAAGAGCUGCCUCGACCAUCUCAACCUCGUUCCAGUCACCUCGCCUCUCGUGUCGGCUCAGGUUUGGCCGCUCUGGACUGCCGGCUGCGAGUCCAUCGACAAAAACCAGCGCCAAUUCGUGCGCGACAGGGUCGAAGCGAUGUAUGAAGCCCGCCAUCUCCCUUCGUUGCGACGGAUCGAACAAGACAUUGAAGAGGUCUGGAAGAUUAAGGACGAGCAGCGAAACUUGAUCGGAGUUGACAACGUGGAUUGCAUCAAAGUGAUACUACGCAACCGACAAAGGGAAGCCGACCUUACUUAAUGACCACGCUUCACGAUUCUAACGGUGGGGAGCCUCGCAUGCAGUUUUCUUGGGCCUUGUUUACUUGGUAGAGAAUGAUAAGAUCUUCGAACCUACUACCAGUACUCAUUCCGUAACUACUGUCGGAUCGCCAAUGUCUAGAUAUUGACAGUAUCCGUCAAGCACAUUUGACCACAGACUAUAGCAGUUUAUACUGCGAUAAAUUACCUACUCUACGAUCCAAAACAUAUCGAGGGCGGCGUAAAUGCUUACCUUUUCUUCGAGAUACCUGUAAUGAGAUGUUCUACUUGAUAAGAUAGGCCU